AUGGCACAGGCUUUCUCCAUUCUAGUUCAAGAUGAAAAACAAAGAGAGGUCAAGCUAUCCACUCGUAUGAGUUUGGCUUCCACCUCUUUCAAUGAUUCCACAUCUCUUGUCGCUGCUUUUGGGAGUAACAAUUUCAAGACAAACUAUUCCCAAAACAGACACACAAACCAAUUUCAAAACUACAACAGGAACAACACCUAUCCAAUUUCGGAUGUUAACAAAGCCAACUUGUUUUGUGACUAUUGUAAGAAAACUGGUCAUAUAGAGGCAAAAUGGUACAGAAAACAUGGUUUUCCACCAAACUUCAAGUUCACUAAGGGUAGGAACUCAGGAUCAGCAGCUAUUGCACACUCGAACUGUGAGAUGCAGACUGAUCCAAGCCAAGGAACUCAAAGAGUUAAAGUGACAGAAAUUGGAGAUGCACAUUUGAAUUCAACACUGACUUUAUUCAAAUGCCCUUCACUGAAGAUCCCUCUGGUGAUUGGUAAAGCAAGAAAUGGUCUUUAUUUCCUGUGUUCAAAAUGUCACAAAGAUGAUCCUCCUACUGUUUCAUAUGUGUCUUCUAGUUGCUGUCAUCUGCAGUCUCUGAAUAAACAAGCAUUACAUCUUCCUGCUUCUUCUGUAAAAUGUGUCCAUCCAAGUAAUAAAAAUGUUUGUUGUAAUACAAAUUCCUCUGUCAUUUCUGCUGAUAUUUCUGCACCAUGUCAUUCUUUUUCUUUGUGUACAUCCCAUGAAGAUGGUUUUGAUUACUUGUGGCACACCAGGCUAGGACAUGUUCCUUUUGUUAAGAUGAAAGGCAUCCAGACCAUACCUGUAAAGUUCUCACCAAAACAACCUUUCUUGUGUACCAUUUGUCCUAUGGCCAGACAGACCAUAAAGGCAUUUACAUCCUUAGUUGAAAAUCAGUUUAACACCAAAAUUAAGGCCAUUAGAACUGAUAAUGGUCUUGAGUUUGUCAACAAAGAAACCACUAUGUUUUUGCAAUCCAAAAGGAUUAUACAUUAA